AUGCAUUUGUCACAAGGUUGGCGCCUAGCCAGUGUCAUUCCGUUGGCAUUUGCAGUCUCGGCAGAUUCGACGACCGGCUUUAGUGCUGAGAAUAUUAUUACUCGCGAUGUCUGUAUUCUUGGCGGCGGCGCUACGGGUACCUACGCAGCUGUGCAGUUGAGAGAACAGGGGCACAGUGUGGCUCUUAUUGAAAAAAAGGACCGCUUGGGAGGUCAUGCUGAGACACUGUACUUGGAUAAUGGCGAGUACGUUAACUAUGGUGUGGAAGGAUACUUCAACAACGAUAUCACAAAGAACUUUUUCGAUCAACUCGACGUCAAUUACGAAGCCCUUCUGCCGGGAUCUAUCCUGAUUGAGAAUGUCAAUUUCAACACAGGCAAGCGAGUGCUGCCCGGCAAUGGAAUCUUAGGUACCGUCGCAGGUGCCGCUUUGUAUCGUGCUGCGAUCGAGCAAUUCGACUACCUUGCCUCUGGCGCAUACUAUCUUCCCGACGAAGUACCCGAAGUCCUCCUCCGCCCCUUCCGCGAGUUUGUCGAUACGCACGCCUUGCAGGGUGCGAUGGACGUGAUAUUUAUGUUUGCUGAGAAUGUGGGCGAUAUACUAAAUGCUCCACUGUUAUAUGUGAUCCAAAAUUUUGGUAUCACGCACAUCGAUGCACUUCUUGAGGGUGGAUACAUACGACCGAAAAACGGCACGAACGAGCUCUUCAGCAAAGCAGCAAAGUAUAUCGACGAACAAAACAUUUUCUAUGGGACCACCGUUUCUCAGGUGAAGCGCAACUCUUCCGGCGUGGAGAUGGUCGUUCAGAUUGCCGAUGGAACUCGCAAACUCAUCAAGGCCAAGAAGCUGCUCGUCACCUUCCCUCCUACCCUUUCUGCUUUGAGUGGCUUCGACCUUCGCACCGAAGAAUCCUCGCUCUUUUCCAAGUGGAACCACAAAAACUACUAUGCCGCUGCCAUUACGAACACUGGCCUUCCUGAUGGCGUCAACAUCGCCAACACCAACCCAGAGAACCAGCCCGGCAGUCUCCCCUUGCCCCCCUUCCAAUGGCAGUUGGAGUACUCCGGUGUGCCGGGUUAUUUCAUGACUAAGAUUGUGGCUGAGGGCAACUUCACCGCGGAAGAUGCAAAGGCUCUCAUUGUAUCCGAUCUUAAGCGCAUGAAUCAGACGGGCACAUUCUCCACGAAGGAGCCGGAAAUCGCAGCCUUUGCUUCUCAUUCUCCGGAAACCCUCAUUGUGUCCACAGGUGACAUCAAGGAUGGGUUUUAUAGGAAACUGUAUGCGCUACAGGGGCAGCAGAGCACAUAUUAUACUGGGUACACUUUCUGCACCGAUUACUCAACCCCACUGUGGAACUAUACCGGCAGCGUGCUGGAUAUGAUGGACUUGUAA